CGUGGCAGCAUUAUACCCAUUCGGAUAAAAGUAAAAUAAAAUAGAAGGAAAGCAAAAUCUCUGACUGCUAAUCUAGAAAUUGAUUGAAUUAUUUUAUUUUGAAACUCGAUCAUUGAAUUUUGACCGUUGAUUUCAUUUGUUCUCUUUUCAAUCUUUGUUUGAUGGAAGUCCGACCCAAUCAAACGGUGGACAAUUCGCCGACCACGCCGCAACAGCAUCAACGCCAUGCAGCUGCCGCUUCAUCUAAACAACCCGUUUCCACUACCAACGCCGUUGACACCACUUCCGUUUCUCAAAGGCUUCAAAAGGAGCUGAUGGCUCUCAUGAUGUGUGGAGGUGAUCUUGGAGUGUCGGCAUUUCCAGAAGGCGAAAGCAUUUUCACAUGGAUUGGUACAAUUGAGGGUGGAAAGGGAACUAUGUACGAAGGUUUAUCAUACAAGCUUUCCUUGCAUUUCACGUCAGAAUAUCCUUUCAAGCCACCUCAAGUAAAGUUUGAGACAAUGUGCUUUCAUCCCAAUGUUGACCAGUUUGGUAAUAUUUGCCUUGACAUUCUUCAGGAUAAGUGGUCUUCAGCUUAUGAUUGUAGAACCAUUCUUUUGUCAAUUCAAAGUUUACUAGGAGAGCCAAAUCCCGAGAGUCCGCUCAACACCUAUGCCGCAGCACUGUGGAACAAUAAAGAAGAUUACAAAAAAAUGGUCCAAGAACAAUAUUUUGGUGGAAAAGCGUAUGAGAGCUGAUAUGUAGAGCCCCUUCUUCGGAGGCCAGCAUGUCGUUUUUAUGGUUGAAUUUGUUGAUAAAGCUCCGAGGUAAGAGAAAUAUAAUUCGGAGUUUAACAGCAGUGGCCUCAAUCAAUGUACAUUCGGGUUUACUAUCCGAUUCAAUUUUAUACAUUGUUAGAAAAGAAACACAGAAACUUGAAUAAAUAUGUAUGUUUUCUUUGCAAAGUGAAUAAA